GCGACGGCCUGGGACGCGCUGAGCAAGAGCUUUAGGCAGGCGCAGUGCGUGUUGGACCAGAAUCGGGGCCUUAUAGAGCAGGUGAACGCAAACCACCAGUCCAAGAUCCCGGAGAAUCUCACCAAGAACGUCUCCCUGAUCUGCGAGAUCAACGGCAACAUCUCCAAGGUCAUGUCCAUUUACUCCGAUCUUUCUGUCAAUUUCACCAACAUUGUGCAGGAACGCCGCCGAAGCAAGCGCCAAGCAGGCGAUCACGGCAAUGAAUAA